AUGCAGUUUGAAAGAAAACGGAUAUGGGAUUAUUUUCUAAUAUAUACAUCCUUUGCUACGUUUAUCUGCAGUUUUUUUCCCCGUAUUGGCAAAGAUAUAUGUUUAGUGUGUAAGUAUUCUACAGGAAUAGUAUGCUUUUUUUUUUUUGCAAAAGAUCUAGUUUUCCUAGCAUUCUUUCUUAAAAGCUCUUCUACACUUCAAAUAAAUAAAGUGCUGUCUACGAUAUUCGCUGGACUUUGUUCUGGGAUCACUGGUUACAUUAUUACUCUUAUUAUAAUCGCUUCUUACAUGGCUUUCGAGGCACAAAAACUUCCAUUACGAAUACAAAUAUCAUAUUCUCAUUAUCUUAACGUAAAAGUAUCAUUCUGUGCAGACAGCAAAUCUAGCUACUUAGGAACUAUGUAG